AUCGUCAUCACUGUCUUCGAUGAAGGGAUGAGAACAGACCAGCCGCCGCGCCGCUCCCUGCGCUGCUUGCAUUCAGCUUUUAAGAUUUCUGCUGUUCAAUAAUUAGACAAAUCAGCACCCGCUUGGCAAUAUUAUCAAACUUUCAGAGUUCGUUAACGCUCCUCUUUGGGGGAAAAAAACAAAGAUCAGUUGCAGCCAUGGAAGGUUUUGUCUGCAGGACCAGGUAUGUUUUUAUAUUUUUUGUCUCACUCGCUGCAUUUAAAUCGGCUUCAGCAGUAACGCACUACUCCGUUCCGGAAGAACUUGAAGAAGGCUCCGUUGUAGCAAAUCUGGCAGGGGAUUUGGGACUGGACGUGAAGACGUUAAUCGACCGGAAAAUGCGUCUGGACACCAUCGCAAGUCGGAAAUAUUUGGACGUGAACAAAGGGACGGGGGAGCUGCUCAUCGUCGAGCGAAUUGACAGAGAGUCCCUCUGCCUCGCCAAGACGUCGUGCUAUCUGAAAAUGGAGGCCAUCAUCGAAAACCCAAAACGGAUAUUUUACAUCGAGCUGGAGAUAAUGGACAUCAAUGAUAACGCGCCUCAUUUCCGGAGAGACACGAUAGAUUUAGAUAUAUCCGAGGCGACGCAGGCCGGUGAACGGUUCUCCGUGAGCAACGCGGUGGAUCCGGACGUUGGGUCUAACGCUGUCAAAGCAUACCACCUGAGCGAAAGCGAGUUUUUCACCAUAGAAAUUCAGACUGGGAGGGAUGGAUCCAAAUUUCCUGAUUUGAUCCUGAAAAAAAGGCUAGAUCGAGAACAACAGGCUGUGCAUCAUCUGAUUCUCACAGCUGUGGACGGGGGCUUGCCCUCUCGCUCUGGCACGGCCAGCAUCAUCGUCCAUGUUUUAGAUACAAAUGACAACGCCCCUAAAUUUAAAGCAGAGAGCUAUGAGGUCAGCGUGCUGGAGAAUUCUCCCAUCGGAAGUCGGGUAAUUCAGCUAAAUGCGUCGGAUUUAGACGACGGCUCAAACUCGGAGCUGAUAUACUCGUAUAGUUUAUACACGUCUGAGAAAACCCAGGAAACGUUUAAUUUAAGCCCGACAACCGGUGAGAUAACUGUAAAGGGCGUGUUAAAUUAUGAGGAUUUCAGGAUUUACGACAUGGAGGUCAUUGCAACUGAUAAAGGAGCUACUGCGCUGUCAGGACAAUGUAAAAUACAAAUUAUUGUAGAGGACAUGAAUGACAACCAUCCACAUAUUUCAAUUAAAUCAUUUCAGAGUCCAGUCAGUGAGAGCAUAGAGUUGGACACGGUGAUCGCUGUAGUUAGUGUAAAUGAUAAAGACUCAGGUGAUAAUGGAGUGGUUGAUCUUCAUAUUCCAGAGAACAUGCCUUUCAAACUGAGGGAGUCCUCUGAUAACUAUUAUGAGUUAGUGGUGUCAGAGCCUUUAGACAGAGAGAAGGUCCCAGAAUAUGAAAUCACUUUCACUGUCACAGACAGAGGCUCUCCUCCUUUAUCAGACAAUGAAACUAUGACUUUGGAGCUGCUGGAUGUUAAUGACAAUGUUCCACAGUUCCCCCAGUCAUUUUAUACAAUACGUGUUCUGGAGAAUAAUGCACCGGGGGCCUUGCUCAGCUCGCUCACUGCAUUUGACCCUGACCUCCAUGAAAACCAGUAUCUAGUUUAUUUCAUCAUAGAGAAGGAGAUCGCCAACACCUCCAUGUCCAUGCUGUUCUCCAUCAAUCCUGAGAACGGGAAUCUUUACGCUCUAAAAACCUUUGACUAUGAGAUUGAGAGGGAGUUUCUUUUCCACAUUGAGGCCAGAGACUCUGGUUCUCCUCCUCUCAGCAGCAACGUGACCGUCCACAUCAUUAUUGUGGACCAGAAUGACAACGCUCCAGUUAUCGUCUCUCCGUGGCGCGCUCAUGGCUCAGUGGUGGAGGAGAAGAUCCCCAGAUCCACUGAUAAAGGCUCCCUGGUGGCUAAAGUGAUCGCCUUAGACACGGACUCUGUGCACAACUCUCGGAUUACCUACCAGUUUCUGCAGGUGACUGAUGCUUCCUUGUUCAGCCUGGACCAAUACAACGGAGAGAUCCGCACCAUGAGGAUGUUCAGCUACAAAGACUCCCGCCACCACAGACUGGUUGUUGUUGCCAAGGACAACGGGGAGCCUGCUCUCUCUGCUACAGUCACCAUCAAGCUGCUGACAGUGGAGACUGAUGUUAAGGCCCACUCUGACAUGACCGAGAUGCCUCUGGAGUACGACAUCUUUGCAGACAUAAACCUGUAUCUGGUCAUCGGUCUGGGCUCGGUGUCGUUUCUCCUGCUCAUCACCAUACUGGUCACCAUCGUGCUGAAGUGUCAGACACCCAAGGCCAGCAAAGCUGCUCCUCCCAGCAGGAACAGUGUGAUCAGUGAGAGGAACUCCACCAUCGCAGACUCCACCCUGGUCUCCAACGAUGCCUACUGGUACAGUCUGUUUCUAGCAGAGACCAGGAAAGGAAAGCUGGUGGUCAGACAGCCUGUGCCAAAGGGCUCCAGAUACAUCGUUUCCAGCAUCCCGAGAGGGACAGGGCUGUCAGAGACUAGUGACUCAGCAGCUUCUACUCUGCAGUACCCUAAAUGAGGAAGGUCCACUCAGCAGCUGGAGGCCUCCACUACAAGCAGCAGCAGAUCCAAGUAAUCCCCACCCUUCAGCUGUGGAUAGGAUCCAUAACGACAGCAAAAGCAUCUUGGAAGAAUAGGGGAACUCCUCAUCGAUAUCCACCACCACGUGUACGCCCUCCUCUGUCUUGCUCCUGUUUGUUACUCUGUGCAGUCGUCAUGCAACACAAAUGAACCAGAAAACAUACCCCUGCACUCCCUUAUUCUUUGAGCACACGAAAAGCCGGUCAGCGACAACCUGAUGUCCAUACCUGAUGUCCAUACCUAUAUGCAUGAAUAGAUUGCAUGGCUUCAACUAUAUUUUGAAAAAAAAAAAAUGCCAUUCAGUAUAUUUUAAAGAGAGGGGUACUGACAAAUGAGUAGACUGUAAACACGUGUGCACUACUAAGGGUGUAAAGAAGCCACAACAAGGAUCCUAAGAGUGGAUAUGGGAAGCUUGAGAUGACUUUAAGAGACAUUUACCAUGUAGAAGCACAUGUUGGAUGCUACAGUUAAAUCCAUCGUGACCUUUCUUGCCCAAUACGAACACUGAUGUAUGGUAUAGGCGGCCUGAAAAGUAAAAUGCAGCACAAAUGACUACAUUUCCAAAAAGUGUUGAACUAAAUUCAAAAGUAAUGAAAUGGAAUCAGCAUUUGAUAAAUGUGCUAGCCUUUAGCUAAUUUAUGUUCAGUACUUUGUGUUUUAUAAGUUAGCCAGGCCUUAAUACAUGAAAGUGCCAAGUCCAUCAUAAGCACAAAUGAAUAAGAGCGAGGCCUUCAGCCAUCAUGCCUUUCAGUUCUUUCUGCAUGGAGUAAUAGAGUAACAAGUAUCAGAUCAAUAUUUUCUUGAAUUGGGACAAACAUGACUUUUUUUUUUCUUUUAACAAGAGAUGAACGGUUCACGUUUCCCGUGUCUUAAACAUCAUUGAAAGUCUUAAGGUUUCAGUGAGUGAGUGACCAUGACAGUACAGACUGACUUGUUCUUAUACGAGCUGUAAAUAUUUAUAUAUAUGUAUUAGAAACGGUAAUUAAUUUGUUUAACUUUUUUGGAUUUUGUAAUCUAUUCUCUAAAUUUUGCUUAAUUUCAGUAUAUUCAGUGUUGCAAUAUGUUAAACCUUUAACAUUGACUAUACAAAAUGGGAACAAACAUACUGUAACUGUGUUUUUUAACUCAAUGAAAGCUGUUUACGUAUUUUAUGCUAUUGUAUGUGGCUCUUUAAAGGGGACAUCGAUUCAAACAUGCAUCUCGGAUAAAAAAAAGAAAUCAUAUGCUUGUUUAUUAAUGUCUUUUUAUCAGCAGUACAUGGCUUUCCAGCCUCUUUAAUGUGAACAGACUCAUGUGCCAUCAGAUUUAAGUCAACCUGUGUGCAAGGAUACAACCAUGUUGUCAAGCUCUUCAGCACAGCUUAUGUUUCUAGUCGAGUGUAAUGCGUUAAAUCCAAACAUAUAUAUAGUAAGUGCUUUUGUACAGUGAUAAUUUCACCGUGUAACAUGUCGACGGAGUGAGUUAAUUGCAUGCUGUGGUCUGUAUGAAAUACAAAAUGAAAUAAAAUGUAAAAAUAACA